GCUUGAGUCUAGCUUUUUUAUUGAAAAAUGUAAAAUUGGUUUAAAAUGUUGCUAAGUGAUAAAAAAAACAGAACAAAUUAACAAGUGAGUUUUUUCUUAACUAAAAAUGAGUGAUGAAGGGCGCCUGUGCUACAUAUGCUUGGGGGAAGAUGGGGAGGACGAACGUUGGGUGUCUCCUUGUAAGUGUUCCGGGAGUCUCAAGUGGGUUCAUCAAUCCUGCAUCGUCCUGUGGGUUAGAGAGCAAGAGGCGACACGACCGUUUACGCCAGCGUUCUGCUCUCAGUGUAGGACACCGCUGAGACUUAUACCACAGAGAAGCCUGCUGGUGUCUACAAUGGAUAUCAUCAACAAAAACGUGUACCACAUCUACAAGUAUUACGCCUUCUGGAUCUUCGGUAUUGGAGUUUUGGAUACAGUCUUUUGUACCUUUGCAGUCUACGCACAAUCUCAAGUGUAUGGUUUGGACGCAACUCUGAAUGCUCUGUGUGCAUCAACUCAUUUCCACCAGUCCAUGCUGUCUAUGCAUUUUACAGCUAUGUCACUUGUAGCGAUCAACCUUCCGUGGGAGAAAUUAUUGUUGAGAGAGUUGCAAAAUCUGGGUAGACUACCCGCGUUAAAAUGGAUUUUCCCAGAAGAGAUUCCUGUUCGCUACAGAAUAAUAAAAAAGGUAGAUGUUUUGAAUGUUGUGAUCACCAGCACUUUACACCCUGUUGUUGCAAGAGUGAUUGGUAAUUUUAUAUUCCCUUUUGUAGAAUCAAACCUUCAAAGGGUUUUAUUGGGAGGGCUGUCUUUUCUUGCAGUAAAGUGGGUUCUGUCCAUGUACCUUCAGCAUAAAAAGGAACUUCGUCUGAAGAAAAUGAGGAUCUUACCCUAUCAAGUUAUUAAUUCACUUACAGUUUCUGACGAAGCAUUGUAGUAGAGAUUUUAUGAACGAUACAAAG